ACACGUGUAUGACCUAUGUACAACUUAUGUAGAGCAUAAUAUAAGGUAAUUUGUAUAAUUAUGUUACUUACAUUUGCCGACCACGACGUCAUCCGAACACGCAACGAUGGCCUCGACGACAGAGCUAGAGACGCAGGAACUGUCACAGCUACAGUUCAACUCAAGCUCCCGCCCUUCUGGCCUGCUGAUCCAGACGUCUGGUUUGCCCAGAUUGAGGCGCAGUUCAGCAUAACUGCGUAGAGGACGAAAUAUGACUACGUGGUCGCUUCACUAUCACCGGAAAGUGCGCGACAACCCAUACGACAGCAAUUCAUUCAGCGAACCUGCCUCCCCGAGCAACGCAGACUCCAGCAACUUCUCCACUCCUUGGAGUUGGACGAACGCCACUGGCCUACAACCAAGUCGCCUAUUCUACAUUACAGACCGAGACACAGGCCUAUGUUUCCUCAUCGAUACCGGUGCUCAAUCGUCACUACUCAGCCUGAUCUGUGGUGGGAAAGAACAAAUGCAGCAGACACACUGGACACAGCACGGACAC